UCCUAGUGUUCCACCAUGACGGUGUCCUACACGCUCAAGGUGGCCAAUGCCAAGUUUGGAGGCUUCUCAAAGUUGCUCUUCCGAUGGAAAGGAAGCAUUUACAAGCUUCUAUACAGAGAAUUCAUGGUCUUCUGCUUACUGUACAGCUUCAUCAGUGUUAUAUACAGGUGUGUCCUCAAUAACGAACAACAGGAGAUGUUUGAGCGACUUGCACGUCAUUGCAACAAGUUUGCUAAACUCAUCCCUAUGUCAUUUGUUCUUGGGUUCUAUGUCACACAGGCAUUCCAACGCUGGUGGGGUCAAUAUACAAGCUUCCCCCUGCCAGAUAACCUGAUGAUGGUUGUGUCUGGGAAUGUCCAUGGCACAGAUGAAAGGGGCCGUUUGCUGAGGAGAACUCUGAUGAGAUACGCAAACCUGUCAUCGGUCCUCAUCCUGCGCUCCAUCAGUACGCGAGUGCGCAAGAGAUUCCCAACUCUGGAGGACAUUGUGGAGGCAGGAUUCAUGACCGCAGAGGAGCUCAAGAAACUAAACGAUCUGUACUCUGACUUUAACAAGUACUGGAUGCCACUUGCCUGGUUUGCGAACCUGGCAUCACACGCAAGAAAAGAAGGGCGUGUGAAAGAUGACAUAGCCUUGCGACUGCUUAUGGAUGAGCUGAAUAACUAUAGGUCAAAGUGCAGCAUGCUCUUCCAUUAUGACUGGAUCAGCAUUCCCUUGGUCUACACACAGGUAGUGACCGUGGCUGUGUACUCCUUCUUCACAUUUUGCUUAAUUGGGCGUCAGUUUGUGAAACCUGAGAAAGAUGGGGAGAAGGUUCUGGACCUGUAUGUCCCAAUUUUCACUCUACUGGAGUUCUUCUUUUACGCUGGCUGGUUAAAGGUAGGCGAACUUAUUAUCAACCCAUUUGGAGAAGACGAUGAUGAUUUUGAAACCAACCAACUCAUAGAUCGAAACAUUCAGGUUUCUAUGCUAGCUGUAGAUGAUAUGCAUCAAAAUCUUCCCCCCCUUGAGAAGGACAAAUACUGGGUGGAUAAGGGUCCUUCAUAUCCAUCAGCUACUAUGAAGCCUGUCUUCAUGGGUUCUACACAUGACAUGAGGAUACUGGAGGAUGAUAUUGAGGAAUCUGUACCAACCCCCAAGACACAAAUGCUUGCCAUCAAUGUGUGGCCGACUACACACAGAGUAAAAAAGCAGAAGAGCAAGAACUUGCAGCAGUUAUGCUGCAGAGCUAAAUGUAAGAACGAGCGCUCGAGACUUGAACAGCCUUCCAAGAGCAACAUCUUAUCACCACCGCAGCAACAAAACAUGACUAUCUGCCAGGAAAAACUCUUGGGGACACCAGAAACUACAGGACCAGCAAACCAAGACCCAUAGAUAAAUGUGCAACUUCUCAGAAUUUACCAUAACAUGUAUUUGGAUAGUCAAGGAUAAAAGGAUAUUUGAAGUAAUAUUUGACCCCUCAUCCCUUCUCAGUUUUUACCAAUGCACACUACUGUUCAAAAGUUUGGGGUCAGCAAGAUUUUUUUUUUGACAUUUUUAUUAAUCAGGGAUGCCAUAAAUUGUUUAAAACUGUCAGUGAAGAUGUUA